GGCACCAUCCCCACGGCAAAUGGGAUACCUCUCAUCAGUCCGGCACAGGUAAUCCCCGACAGGUUUAGAACCGCAUUCCCUUAUAAUAUUUUUAAUUCUGUACAAUCCAAAUGUUUUCACGCGAUGUAUGAAACGGACGACAACGUGGUCGUCUCCGCGCCGACGGGCAGCGGCAAGACGGCGCUCCUCGAGCUGGCCAUUUGCAAGCUUGCCAAUCAGAGAAGUAAUGACCAAGCGAAAAUCGUGUAUCUUUCGCCUACCAAGGCCCUGUGCAAGGAAAAGGCGGUGCAGUGGCAGCAAAGGUUUGGACCGUUGUCGAUGCCGGUGUCAGAACUGACUGGUGACACAUCGCGAUCAGACAUGAGAAGAGUGCGCGAGGCAAGGAUCAUCGUCACCACGCCAGAGAAAUGGGAUUCAAUCACUCGCAGCUGGACGGACCAUCGCAAGCUGCUCGAUCUCGUCAAGCUUUUCCUCAUCGAUGAGGUCCAUAUUCUCGGAGAAUCGCGGGGCGCGACUCUCGAAGCCAUUGUAUCUCGCAUGAAGACGUACGGCGCCAAGAUUAGGUUCAUCGCACUCAGCGCAACAAUACCAAAUUCUGAAGAUAUCGCAACUUGGCUGGGCAGAAACCACGCCCACCCUUCCAUGCCGUCUUACCGUGAAGUGUUUGGAGAGGAGUUCCGUCCGGUGAAGUUGGAGAAGAAGGUCCAUGGGUUCAACGUGAAAAUGUCCGACUACGCCUUCGACAGCUAUCUUAAUUCCCAGCUUUGGGAGUACAUCAAGAUGUACUCUCAGAGGAAGCCCAUGUUGGUCUUCUGCAUGACACGCAAGAGUUGUCACGAUGCUGCCAAGCAACUCGCAGAGAAGUGGAGCCAGCAAGCACCAAGUGCACGGCUUUGGCCGGAGCCAAGGAAGGCAAUACCUGUCAUUGAUGCAAGUCUGCAGGAGAUGGUUCGGUCCGGAGUUGCGUUUCACCAUGCAGGACUAGACGCAGGCGACAAGAAGGCAGUCCACGAGGCGUUCAUGGAGGGCAGCAUCAGCGUCAUCUGUUGCACCUCUACCCUGGCGGUUGGUGUCAACCUCCCAUGCCACACAGUCUUACUGAAGGGCACUGUAUGCUACCAAGAGGGCCAGCUCCAUGAGUACAGUGACCUCGAAAUCAUGCAGAUGUUGGGACGAGCUGGCCGACCUCAGUUCGAAGACACAGCGCUGGCCAUCAUCCUCACCAGGUCUCGCAACAAGAAGCGGUACGAAAACCUUGGAUCGGGGCAACAGAUUGUUGAGAGCACCUUCCACAAGAACAUGAUUGAGCACUUGAACUCGGAGAUCAGCCUUGAGACAUUCAGGGACAUCAAUGGGGCCAAGGACUGGCUCAAGGGCACCUUUCUCAGUGUCAGGCUUCUUCGGAACCCUAGUCACUACAGGGACCUGACCGCGGGCUCCCAUGCGAGAACAGCCGAGGGUCGACUCCAGCAGAUCUGCGAGUCCACAAUCUCAAGCCUUUGGGAUGCUCAAUUGAUCACCGGCAGCUCUACGUAUUUUUGUCCUACCGAGUACGGCCAGGUCAUGUCUAAGUAUAUGAUCAGGUUCAGCACAAUGAAGCAGAUACUGAACAUUCCUCGUGGCGCGAACACACAGACUCUGCUCAACGCACUAUGUGAUGCCGAUGAGUUUCGCGAGAUCCGCUGGCAAACAGAUGAAAAGAAAACCUUCCGAGAAAUCAACAGCGAUCCCUUCAUCAAGUACCCCGUAGGCAACAAUGUGAGCACCCUUGCUCAUAAGGUAUCUUUGCUCCUGCAAAUAGAGGUAGGGCAUGUCGAACUCAAAGAGUUCGAGCGACGGCGUCUUCGCGGCGAAGCCAGCCGAGUUCUGGAAGUGAUGCACAGGCUGGUACGGGCGGUGGUAGAGUGCAAGCAAGCCGACUCGGACGGCAAGGCUUGUCGGGCUGCCCUCGAGCUGGCCAGGUCGAUGACAGCGAAAGCAUGGGAAGGCACGGUGCAGCAGCUCUUGCAAGUCCCACAGCUUGGACCAGCCCUGCUGCGCAAGCUUGUAUCGAACAACAUCAGGACCGUUGCGAGCCUGGCAAACGCAGACACCAGCACCAUCGAGAGAAUCGCCAGUCGAAACCCGCCCUUCGGGAAAAAGAUGGCGGAUACUCUGCGCUCCUUUCCAAGGCUAGCGAUCAAAGCCAAGAUCAAAGACAGCAGCAUGGACGCCAAGGGAAGGCCAGUGGUCCAUGUUGAUGUUAUUCUCGCUUUCACGAGUACGAGAGGAUACUGGCAGGGAAGAAUGCCACUUGUCAAUCUUUUGGCCGUGACCUCGGAGGGUAUUUUGGCACACUUUUGGCGCGAUUCGCUGGGGUCGUUCAGGACGGAGAAUGGGAACAGCUGCCAGGUUUGUUUCACCUGGUCACCAACUACUCUUCAGGAGACGCUUUCUUGCCAGUUUGCGUGCGAGGAAAUUGUUGGAACCGUCGUCUCCGCAGAAGUCAGUCAUGAUAUACCUGCGGCCAAAUUUCCG